AUGCUGAGUGGAGUAAUAGUCACUGAUGAAAUUGGGGAAAUUUUGGUCGAGAGAUACUAUACAAAGACUCUUUCUCGGCAGGAUGUUGACCCGAUAUGUAAAUUAAUCAGAGCACAACAAAAGAUUUCACCAAUUAUCUCACAAUUCGGAUUAGUUUUCGCAUCUUACUAUAUUAAAAAAAUGUAUUUUAUAGGCAUAGCAUACGAAGGUACAUCAACUAUUGCACUAUCAUCGCUUGUUAUUGAGUUUGAAAAAAUGUUAGAAAGAUCUCUUAAGUCAGAAUUAUCAGUUGAUACAAUGAAAGUCGAUUAUCCGAUUGCAUACGUCCUUUUAGAUCAGUUCAUUGAUGCUGGAUAUCCAUUUAUCGAUGAAUUUAAUCUUUUAUGUUCUUCAUUCAACGAUACAACAAAAGAUACGAUUGGUUUUGAGAUGCAAUCUCCUUGGAGAACAUCAUCGCCUGUUAAAUCUGCUCAAUAUAUCGAAAUUACUGUUGAUGAAGAAAUUCAUUCUCGAAUUAAUUCAGAAGGAAAGUCCGAAAACCUAGUUGUAGCAGGAAAAGUCAAUAUGUUCUCUCGGUUAUAUGACCCUUCAAACGUUAAUUUUGUUUAUUUACUUCCUUCUAAGUUGGAAGAUUAUUCUUUUCACAGAUGUAUUGAUCCAUCAUUACAUUUAUCAAGGAAAAUGCAAUUUAUACCUCCAGAUGGUCAGUUUACGCUAAUGUCUUACACUUGCAAGGCUAAUAUCACGAAUUUACCAGUUUUCGUAAUACCAAAGUUUUCUUUUUCAAAAGUAAGCGUUAUUUUUGAUAUUUCGAUUAGACUUGCACCAAAUUAUAUCAGUAGUAUUAAGAACAUUCAGAUUUCUUUCAAUUUACCAAAAGGAUUCCAUCAACCAUCAUGUGCAGCUGGUACUGGAUCCAUGAAAUAUCUAAAAGGACAAAAUAUGUUGAUUUGGUCACUUGAAGCUACUGAUCAAAAAGAAAUUUUAUCUUUAAGCGGUAGCUGUUCAAUUGAUGAAGGAAUCAACAAGAAUUCUUGUGAAAUUCCUAUUUUUGUUGAUUUCAAACUUGAAGAUACUUCAAUUUCUGGUUUUAAGAUUGAAGAAAUUGAUCCGAUUAAUAAUGUCAAGUGUAACAAGGUAAUAAAGUAUCAGACAAGAGCUGGAAGAUAUAUCUUCGACAACCAAUAA